AUGUCGUGUCACAUACUGGUUUUAUUGGUUUUGAUGGGUGGGUUUGCUGAGUUGCACAAGAUAACACAGAAUGUGUUAUUCAGACCCCUCCCCACCAGUCGUUCUAAGUGGACUUUAACACUUGUGCACGACAUCAAUCCCUUUUUACGGUUCACCAGUGAUCUAGCUAUUGACGUAGGACGGACAUUCCUCGCCGUGGAUGAAAUCAUGUCAAAUUAUUCAAUAAAAAAUAAUAGUCAAGAAUAUGUAAGCACUUUCAAUACUCUUAAGAAGGAAGUAACUACUGUGAGAGAUGAAAUAGAGGAUCUCCUAGAUGGCGUAAAUGAUUUUCAGACAUUAUCAACGAAACAUGCAAGGUCAAAAAGAGCUUUGAUUCCAUUCGUUGGAAAAGCACUAAGUCGGUUAUUUGGCACUGUAAGUACAGAAGAUUUAGACGUUAUAAGAAAAAAUAUCGAAAUUUUAGCUGCAAAUCAGCAUGCAAUUACACAGGUUGUAUCUGAAAGUUUAUCUUUGUUAAAUGUCUCUCGACUCCAAAUUUCAGAAAAUAGGCAACAAGUGAAUAUAUUAUCAAAAAGUUUACAUAAGUUAGAUUUAAAAAUAGAAAGUGUUGUUAAGCAAUUCCGAAAGAAAUUAAUCAGUCUUGAAGGAUUUAUCCAUCUAUUUUUAAGAAUGAAGAUGGUAUUGGAUGAUAUUAAAAAUAUGUUCCUUCGAGCGGAACUAUAUGCCGAGGACGUUAAAAUACAACUAAAUUUGUUAUUAUUAGGUCAUUUGUCACCGAGCAUAAUUAAACCCGGCAGUUUACGAAAACUUUUGAUUGAGAUUCAACGCCAAUUACCUCCAAGUGUUAUGCUUCCAAAAGACCCUCGUAAAAAUCUUUGGCAUUAUUGUAGAAUUUUGAACUGUAUUACUUUUAUUGAAGAUAACAAAAUUAUUGUAGUGGUCAAUAUCCCUCUUUUGGAUAGUGAGGGUUCUUUUGAAAUUUUCAAAAUUCAUAAUUUUCCCAUGCCGAUGACAAAUAAAAAGAUUUUAUCUAAAUCCAAAGCUACCUUCAAAAUGGUUGCCUCUUACAGACUUGAAGCCGAAGUUAUUGCCAUUAAUAAUGAUAGAACAAAGUAUGCAAUUUUAGAUAGGGAUGAAACAAAACGAUGUUCUGACCCAUUAAUUGGAUUUUGUCAAAUACGUAGUCCGAUCUACCCCAUUAAUUUAUCGCAAUUAUGCAUUGUAGCUUUAUUCACAAAUAAUAAAGAGAAAAUUUCACAAUUAUGUAAAGUUUAUGUAAAACCUAAUUGUAUUUUACCGAUGGCUAAAUACAUAACAAAUGGACUUUGGAUAGUGGUAACUCAAAGACCCAUCAUAUUUUCGAUCAUUUGUCACCAAACGAGUUUUGUACAUAAGUCUGUCACAGUGCGGCCACCAAUUCAAUCUAUUCAGUUAUCGCCUACGUGUAAAGCUCAGAAUGAUUAUUUAGAACUACCAGCCCUUUACUCGAAUGAGAGUACUUACUUUGAUCCAACUUCUUUUGAAAAAUUAACAUCAGCAUUUAAUCAAUCAAUGACUGAUCUUUGGCAACCUUUUGUAGAUAAAUGUCAAAAUUAUAAAUUAACAAAAUUGCCACCUAAAUUAGAAAAUAUUGAGAAUUUUCCUUUAGACGAACUGGCAUAUGAAAUGAAAAAUUUACAACGAAUUAGAAAUGAAAAAUCAAAAACAUGGUCUCUCUGGAAAUUAGUUCUUAUUGGUCUCGGAAUUUUAAUUACUAUAUUAAUAAUAUAUGUUUUGGCUCUAAAAUAUUGUAAGUCUGGAGGACUGCGGCGACGGUUUCAAUCCUUCCUACGAAGUAGAGAAACUCAUAAAUGGGACAAGAGGGAGUCAGCUGAUUUAGAGAUGACUCCAAGAAAAAUUGCUAUCGUUACUCCACAACCAGCUGUUGCCACAGCACCUCUUUUACAUAAUGACCAGCAACAGGAACAACAACCACCUUUGUUGUAUCCUCAGAUACCAGAGCCAGCAAGUUAUUUGGGUAGUGGACGAGGAAGAAUGAUGGCUGAGGUGCUACGAUUGGCACGAAAUCGACGUUCUCUACAAGAUAGAACAAGAUACCACUAA